UUCGACAGAGAAUAAUGGACGAGGAAGGUAGAUGGCUAAUCGUAGGAGAUUUAAUGCUGUUAGGUGCUUAGAAGAAAGGAAAGGUAGGAUAGGGGAGUCUCCAGAUAUGAAGGAAUUUGAUGAUUUUGUUGUAUCAACUGGUCUGGUGGAUCUAAAAUUGGCUAAUAGGAGAUUUACAUGGUAUAGGCCUGAUGGAUCAUCUAUGAGCCGUUUGGAUAGAGUCUUAUUGUCAGUUGAGAUGUGUAAUGUGGGGGAGGAAUGGGUGCAACUAGGAUUGAAAAGGACGGUUUCUGAUCAUUGCCCCAUUCUGGUGAAAUUAGUGGUGGUUGACUGGGGAUCAAAACCUUUUCAAGUCCUUGAUGCUUGGCAACAACAUCCGCAGUUUAAGAAGGUAGUGGAGGACAAAUGGAAGGAACUACAUGUGGAAGGGUAUGCUGGAUAUAUAUGCAAACAGAAGUUGAAGAGUUUGAAAGAAUUCUUGAAAGGAUGGAAUAAGGAGGUGUUCGGGAACAUGAAAUCUGAAUUCCAAAGUGCUGCACAUAAAGUGGACCAGAUUGAUUUGAAGAAUGAAAUGAUGGAUUUGGUGGACAGAGAAGUGGAUCAAAGGAGGGAAGGAAGGCCCAGAACAGCAUCUCGGGGUUAUUGUGUGCUGGUCGGUGGGUGGAGGAACCAGAUAUGGUCAAGCAAGAGGUGGUUCUUCCGCAACCUAUUUCAGGAGGAACAUUGGAACCGACCCAAGCCUACGCAUUUAGUAUUCAGGCGGAUUUCUGAGGAGAAGAGAAUGUGGCUUGAACGACCUUUCUCUGAAGAGGAGAUUGACGAAGGGCUGAAGAGCUGUGCUGGAGGUAAAGCACUAGGCCCUGACGGGCUUAAGGCAAUGAUGCCAAAAAUUAUUGGAGAAGCUCAAUCCGCUUUUGUAGGGGGUCGACAAUUAGUGGAUAGUGUUUUGGUCUUCAAUGAGGUGGUGGAUGAGGUUCGGAUGAGGAAGAAAUCAGCUUUUAUCUUUAAGGCAGAUUUUCAAAAAGCUUACGAUUGUGUUAAUUGGUCGUUUUUGGAUGGGAUGAUGGAGGGGUUUGGUUUCGAGGUCAAAUGGAGGGGAUGGAUUAUGGAGUGUCUCUCAACUGCAAGAGUUUCAGUGCUGGUAAAUGGAAGCCCGACAAAGGAAUUUGAUAUGGAGAAAGGGUUAAGGCAAGGGGAUCCUUUGUCCCAUUUCCUAUUUUUGAUGGUUGCUGAAGGAUUAAAUGGGUUGGUUAAAAAAGCAGAAGAUGAGGGAUUACUUCAUGGUAUUGAAGUCGGGAAAAAGGGGUUGGCAGUUUCUUUGCUACAGUUCGCUGAUGAUACAGUUUUCCUAGGGAGGGCUGAUAGUGGAAAUAUUAUGAUGGUUAAAUCUAUUUUGCGGUGGUUCGAGUUGAUGUCGGGAUUGAGGAUUAAUCUCAACAAAAGUAGUCUAUACGGGUUUAAUGUGUCUGAAAGAUGGAUUAGGGGGGUAGCUAGUGUUCUGCGAUGCGGUGUUGGGGUGACACCUUUUCGUUACUUGGGAAUGCCAAUUGGGAGAAAUCCAAGGAGGAAGAAGUUUUGGGAUCCGGUUGUUACUAAAUUUCGAGCUAAACUUGCCACUUGGAAGUCUGUUGUGCUGUCCUAUGGAGGUCAUCUCACGUUGCUUAAUUCGGUACUUUCUGCACUUCCUACUUUUUUUAUGUCUUUUUUUUUAAUGCCAAAUUCUGUGCUUGCUCAAUUAAUUAAGAUUCAAAGGGAUUUUUUAUGGGGUGCAUCGGCGGAAAAAAGGAAGAUUGCGUGGGUUAAAUGGGAUGCAAUCUGUUGUAGUAAGGCGAAAGGAGGACUAGGUGUUCCGGAUUUGCGUAGGAGAAAUUGGACAUUGCUGGGGAAAUGGUGGUAUAGGUUAGGAGAUGGAAGGGAGGGGUUAUGGAAGAGGGUAGUGAAAGAUAAAUAUUAUGGAGGUGAAGGAGAGGUAGGUAUAAUAGAUGUGGACACUUUGAGGUUGUCUAAAAUUUGGAGUGACAUUAUCUGUGUAGGUGGACAAUCAUCAAAGUUAAAGGAUAUGUUGGUGAAAGGGUUUCGAUGGGAGGUGGGGGAUGGCUGUCGGGUGGGUUUUUGGGGAGAUAUUUGGGUGGGGAACAAAUCUUUUCGAGAUUUAUUUCCAAGGCUUUUUCAGUUAGCUGAAUAUAAGGAUAGCAAGGUUAAGGAAAAUGAGACUUGGGAAGGGGAUAGUUGGCACUGGGAUGUAAAAUGGCGGAGAGAGAGAAUGGGUCGGGAAAAGGAUGAGGAGAAGAAGUUAAGGGAGUCUUUGGGUAGUGUACAGCUUAGGCAAAGUGUAGUAGAUUCUUGGCAGUGGACAUAUGAAGUAGGAGGUAAAUAUACUGUGAAGACAGCAUAUGAGUUUUUAGAUUCUGUGGAUUCUUUGCUUGGUGGCCAUUUGUGUAAAUUAGUGUGGUGCAGGAUGGUGCCUUCCAAAGUGAGUUUUUUUGGGUGGAGGCUGUGUCUAGAUAGGCUGCCAACAAGGUGGAAUUUGCAAAAGAGAGGGAUGGUACUCCAAGGGGAUGGCAUGCAGUGUGGACUAUGUAAGAAGGGUGUGGAGGAUGUAAAUCAUCUUUUCUGCACAUGUAGGACAGUUUGGUUAGUUUGGGUUAAGGUGAUUCAGUGGUGGGGCUUGGAGGUUGUGAUGCCGGAUAAGGUGAGGGGUGUGGUAGAUUUCUUCUUAUGGUGUUUGGGUAGUUUGGUGGGUAAGGAGAUGGGUGCCUGUAUUUUCCUUGUUGUUGCUUGGUAUAUAUGGUAUUGGAGGAAUGUCUUGGUAUUUCAGCAGAGUGGGGAUUUUAGGGAGAAAUUAUUAGAAUUGAUUCAAGAUAAGUCCUAUUUCUGGAUUAGGAAUAAGGUAGAGGGGUGUGUUUUCUCUUUUGUUCAGUGGCAGAAUAAUCCAGUGGAAUGUGCAAAGGAGUUGUCCCGGUUCAAGAGGUCUUUGAAGGUUUUUAAGCAACAUCAGGGCCGGCUUAUUCAAUCUGGCUCUCCUGGGGGGAUUGCACAGCCUGGGGUGUAGCAUGAUCAACGCCUGCUGCGCUGAAUUUUUUCUAUGUACAGAUGGUUGUUCUUAGAGUAAUGGACUGUUUGGGUUAUGUAUUUUCUUUUAUGUGUAAAAGGGCAGGAGCACCCCUUGUGCUCCAUUAAAAAAUGAAUAAAUAUUUUUUUGCUGA